GUUCAAGGUCAAGGUCAAUUGGUCGCUGCUGUUAACGCUUGGGCAACUUUUUUUUUUUUUUUUCCUCCGAACUUUUGAAAUUUUAGGGACGCCUUGGACUGCCAGAUCCUUAUUAGCAACCCCACCAAGUUUACGGUCUCUCUUGACAGGUUCAUUUCGCAUCUUUGCUUGUUUCGAUUUUGCAAAGACCACAUUUGACGUUAAAACAAUAAACUCGAUCAACAUAUCCCACAAAUACAAGCGAUAUGGCUGACAAGAAGUCUGGCGUUGCGCCCGACCAGCGCACUGUCAUUGGUCUCUCCUUUGGUAACUCGUACAGUUCCAUUGCCUGCACCGUCGACGAUGCCGCCAUCGUGAUCGCCAACGAGGACGGUGACCGUCAAAUCCCUACAGUACUGUCUUACGUCGACGGUGAGGAGUACAACGGAGGCCAGGCCAAGGCUUUCCUCAUCCGCAACCCCAAGAACACCGUUGUCUCCUUCAGGGACUUCCUCGGCCAAGAAUUCAAGUCCGUCGACCCUACACACUGCCACGCUGCAGCCCACGCCGAGAACAAGGACGGCGUUGUAUCAUUCACCAUUCAAGACAAGGCUGAGGGUGAGCCUUCCACUAUUUCCGUGUCCGAGGCCGCAACCCGCUACAUCAGAAAACUUGCACAGUCUGCCUCCGACUACAUCGGCAAGAAGGUCACCUCGGCUGUCCUGACCGUGCCUACCAACUUCACCGACAAGCAACGCGAGGCUCUCACCAAGGCCGCCAACGACGCCGGCCUUGAGGUUCUGCAGUUGAUCAACGAGCCUGUAGCCGCCGUCCUGGCUUAUGAUGCCCGGCCCGAGGCCGAGGUCAAGGACAAGAUCAUCGUUGUUGCCGAUCUUGGCGGUACCCGCUCAGAUGUUGCCGUUGUUGCCUCGCGAGGAGGCCUUUACACCAUUCUGGCAACCGCCCACGACUACGAAUUCGCGGGUGUCCACCUCGACCAGGUCCUCAUGGAGCACUUUGCCAAGGAGUUCAUGAAGAAGAACAAGGAGGUCGACCCUCGCGACGACGCAAGGAGCUUGGCCAAGCUCAAGGCCGAGUCAGAGUCCGCCAAGAAGGCCCUCAGCAUUGGUACCAAUGCAUCUUUCAGCGUUGAGAGUCUGGCUGGUGGCAUCGAUUUCCAGGCUACCAUUAACAGGUUAAGAUAUGAGACCAUUGCACGCAAGGUCUUUGAGGGCUUCAACCGCCUGGUCGAGGGUGUUGUCAAGAAGGCUGGCCUGGAUGUACUCGAUAUCGACGAGGUUAUCAUGACCGGUGGUACUUCGCACACCCCUAGAGUCGCCGCCAACUUCCGUUACAUCUUCCCCGAGACCACCGUCAUCCAGGCUCCCUCGACCAGCUCCAGCUCCAUCAACCCCUCGGAGCUCUUGGCUCGUGGUGCAGCUCUGCAAGCAUCGCUUAUCCAGGAAUAUGAGAGCGAUGAUAUCGAGCAGUCUACUCACCCAGCUGUGACUACUGUGCUCCACGUUACCAAUGCCAUCGGUGUCAUCACAUUGAACGAGGCUGGUGAGGAGUCAUUCACUCCUGUCGUCGCUCCCGAGACUGGUCUGCCUGCUCGUCGCACAGUCCACGUUGAGGCCCCCAAGGAGGGCGGCGACGUGCUUGUCAAGAUUGUUGAGGGUAACACACACAUCAAGGUCACCAAACCCGAGCCUAAGCCCAAGGAGGAGAAGGACGACGAUGACGAGGACGACAGCGAUGACGAUUCUGAAGAUGAGGAGGAAGAGCACCGCGAGAAGAUCUGGAAGAUCGGAACCACCUUGGCCGAGGCCGGCAUCAAGGGCGUCAAGAAGGGUAGCAAGGUCGAGGUCACGAUCCAAGUCAACGCCGACCUGGCCGUGAUAGUCACCACCAGGGAAGUCGGUGGAAAAGGAGGUGUCAGGGGUAACAUCAAGGCCCCAUAAGGAAGUGGCUUGACUGCCCCUGAAAAUUUCUGUUUUUGAUGACUGAUAGGAUCAUGGAGUGCUUAAGUGCCUAUUGUAGCUUGGCAUUUGGCGCGUGGCGUCUUAGAUCUUCAAAAGGACAAAUAGACUGAUCCCCAAGCGGUUGGGUGUUACGACAAUAGAGUAAAAAUACUACUGUUACGAAUGGAAUGACAUUUCAUCAAGA